GACCUGGGGCUCUACUUGGCGAAGGUCGAGGCGGUCGGCCUCGCGCCGCCUCCCAAGGAGCUCCAGGACGGGAUCCGCAAGACGGUGGACGUGGCUAGGGGCCUCGAGGUGACUGGCUCGCUCCUCAAGGGCUUCGACACCAUCCACGACGCGACCCUCCUCUUCAACAUGGCCCGCAAGGCGGAGACGCAGCUCAAGAGGGUGCUCGAGGUGCUGGGCCCCGUGGACGUCAUCCACCCGAUCCUCUUCAAGAAGAUGGAGCAG